CACUUCAGCACCUGUCCCCCCCAGUCCUCUCACACACACACACAAAAGCACACCGCAGAGAGAUCACAGACGCGUUACUCUAUGUGUGGAUCCGCUCAGGGCUUCCCUGCCUCUCAGCAUAGAGUAGUCAUGUUGACCACUGAGGGGGUGCCCCAAACCGGCGAUCAUAUUGCAGUGAAAAUGGACGUCCAGGACGCCGACAUGACAAAGUGGACGGAGGCCGAGUUCGAGGAGAAGUGCACCUACAUCGUGAAGGACCAUCCGUGGGAGGGGGGUCCCGAAAACGGCGAGCUGACCCGGGCAGAAGCAUCGUUGCCCCGAAACCUAGUCUUCAAACACAAUCCCAACUCCAAAGAGGUGAUUGGUGUUGCAAGCAGAGAGUACAUCCCAAAGGGGACGCGCUUUGGCCCCCUAGUGGGAGAGAUCUACACUGCAGAGAGUGUGCCCAAGGACGCUAACAGGAAGUACUUCUGGAGGAUCUACUCAGAGGGGGAGUUCCACCACUUUGUGGACGGGUUCGACGAGGAGAAAAGCAACUGGAUGCGCUACGUGAACCCGGCCCACUCGCAGCAGGAGCAGAACCUGGCUGCCUGCCAGAACGGAAUGAGCAUCUAUUUCUACACAGUCAAGCCCAUCCCUGCUGACCAGGAGCUGCUGGUGUGGUACUGCCCCGAGUUCGCCGAGCGCCUGCACUACCCGCCCUCCGGAGAGCUCAUGAUGCAGAAACUCAAGCAAAGUUUGAUGGAGGUGAAGCAGCAGGCAACCGAGGCAGGCUCUGUCCGAGAGAAGAGUUCAGGAAAGAGGGAGCACAGCGUCUCUGAAAUUCUGAAGGGCACCCACAAGGAGCCCAGCAGGCCCCUGCCAGCACGCCCCCAGUGCUUGGAGAGCCCACCGCCCCGCAAGCGCAGCCCGGAGCGCACAUUCUUCCCCCGGGUGGUGUACCCUGUGCGCCCCCAUGUCAACGAAGAGUACGUGAAAGCCAGCCCAGCGUUUGUCCUGGACCGCCCCGGCUACCCCGCCCUGUCGCCUGGCCAGUCCUCGGCCACUCCCAGCCCCACAGCCCGCAGCAGCCCAGAGACCAGCCCCCAGAGCAGCCCUGGGCUCCAGACCCCUAUCCCCUCAUCCCAAGAGCACAAGGAGGGCUUCCCCUUCUCCUCUGCACUGUAUAGCCGAGGUCUGGGACACUACCCCGGCUAUUCGCCCCCCGGCCACCUCCCCUCAGCCUUCUACCCCAGCCACCACUACUCCCGGUACUUCCUGCCCCACUACCCCAUGGGCUGCAGCAGCCUCAGCGGAAGCACUGUCAGCGGCAUCCACUUCCCCCGCGUCUACCCCUUCUACAGCAACCUGCUCCCAGGCGGGGCCCUGCCGCCCAACAUGCCCCUCCCCCCCAGCAUCCUACCCCCUGAGGGGGGGCGGCGCCUCCUCCUGCCGCCCGAAUCGGCCCACAGGGACUUCCUGCUCCCGGCGCCCACCAGCGCCUUCUCCGCGGCCACCUCCCUGAAGGACAGCGCUCCCCACGCACCCGGCAGCGGCUCGCCCACCGCCGGCUCUGCCGCCUCCACUGACCGCCUGCCCACCAAGCCCACCCCAGCCCUGCUGACCGCCGGCCGCGCCGACGAGGAGGCCAUCAACCUCAGCAAGAUGAAGCGCGGCAACACCGGCUACAAGACACUGCCCUACCCGCUCAAGAAGCAGAACGGCAAGAUCAAGUAUGAGUGCAACGUCUGUAGCAAGACCUUCGGACAGCUCUCCAACCUGAAGGUGCAUCUCCGAGUCCACAGUGGGGAGAGGCCUUUCAAGUGUCAGACCUGCAGUAAGGGCUUCACCCAGCUUGCUCACCUGCAGAAACAUUACCUGGUCCACACGGGCGAGAAGCCACACGAGUGCCAGGUCUGUCACAAGCGCUUCAGCAGCACGAGUAACCUGAAGACUCACCUGCGCCUGCACUCGGGCGAGAAGCCCUACCAGUGCAAGCUGUGCCCGGCCAAGUUCACCCAGUUCGUCCACCUGAAGCUGCACAAGCGGCUGCACACGCGCGACCGCCCGCACAAGUGCCUGCACUGCCACCGCAGCUACAUCCACCUGUGCAGCCUGAAGGUGCAUCUGAAGGGCCACUGCCCGGCCUCGCCCUCCCCGCCCGGCCGCUCCCUGAGCGAGCUCAACCGCGUCAACGAGGAGAUCGAGCGCUUCGACCUCAGCGACAACGCCGACCGGCUGGAGGAGAUGGACAGCAUGGACGUGGAGGCCGUGGUGGAGAAGCAGAUCCUCAGCAUGCUCUGGAGGGAGAUGGACCUCAAGGCCUCCUACCACAAGGGCGGCGCUAGCGAGCUGCUCUCCGCAGGCUACGGCCUCUACGAGCCUGGCAGCGAGACGUCAGUCAUCAAGCUACGGCACAGCAGCCCUCUACCUCUCCUCCCCAUCAAGGUCAAACAGGAAUCCCUUGAACCCAUGGAUCAAUGAGCCCUUCCCCCACACCUACCUUUACUGAAGGAACAGUGAAAUGGAAAGUGACUGUGUAUAUGAGAGCCAGGGUGCCUGAGGCAAAUGGUGUACAUAGUUUCUUUUUUUUGUUGCAACAACGCCUUGGCUCCUCCAUCAGGGACUUUGUACUCAGGGCUAAGAAAGGCAUUGUUUCAGACUACUUGUGGUCUUGUUUCCCUUUCCACUUAUGUUAAAGACAAUCGUGUAACCCUGAUUAAUAUAAUUAAUGUUAUCAUUAUUUCAGAGUUAUUUGGUUCAAUUCGUAUAUAUAUUCUCCUUAAUUUAUUAUGCAAUUAGU